AAACGACUUCCGAGACACCUUAUUGGCGGCAAAAAUUGCGGGGUCGCAAGGACACAACCCAUCCAACAUGACACCUUAACUGCGUCUAUCGUCUUAUCUCAGGUGAGGUUGAUUCAUCACCAUGAGACUGGUUGGAUUUAAAAGGUUUUUUGCCGUUUCGGUAGUAAACAAGGCAACAUCUUUCCAACAAGGCUACCGGGCAUCAAUUCUGCACCCACCAUUUGCAAAAUGGUCUUCUUCUUUGCACAUUAGAUUUUCAAGCGAUGGAAGCACUGAUCUUCCACCGCCGAACGAGGAAUUGAAAGAAGCUUUGACGAGGAUUGGGAUCCAAGACAAGUUGGAACCUCUCAGUGACUUGGGUUACUACGGCUGGAAUCCAACAGGAUCUUACAAUCCCCUUUCCUCGGUCACUGCUGAAGAUAUUCGGCAAAUGAUUGACUUCACGAGAAAACCCAAAACCAUCCUGGACGUCCAGGCAUUGAGAGCAACCCUUCCAAGAAAGCUUUCCUUUCUGGAACCCUUCCUCGUGGAGAACUUGUUCCCAUUUGGUCAACACUCAAUUGCUUCUUUGUAUGUGGCCACCAAUCACAAAGGUGUCGACCCGAAAUCUGUCAACUUUAUGUUUGGGAGUUAUUCGCUCUUCCUCUUGGCUACAGGUGAGCUGCAAGAUGAUGGAGAGAAAUUUAUCGUGAUGAGAAUACCAAGCACCGGAAUUUUGUUCGUUUCCCGGUACAAGGCAUACACGAAUAACUUGUCUGCACAUGGCCACCAAUUCGAACGUUUCCUUCUUGGAACUUCCCCUGAACCGCCGUACGACCAUAGUGAAGCAGAAAACCUCCAGCUGAUGAAGAUCGGCAACUCAACGGUGCUGAUUUCCGGUGAAGUUGAUGCAGUCGAUUGCAAUGGAACCCCGACGGAAGUAAAGUUGGGCAACAAACAGCAAAGUAUGAAGACCCUCUCUCAAAUGAUCAGCAGCGCUAGCCUCCAACUAUGCAGAGGCAACGUCAGAUUCUGGCAAAGACGCGGGCGCAAAAAGCUUCGAGAUAUCAAAAGAAUCGAAUUUGAGCGCUUGGAAGAUUUUGCUACCAGAGAAAUGACCAGUCUGAAUUGGAGCGGAUGA